CUCUCCCACCAUCUCUCUCUCUCUCUCUCUCUCCCUGUCUUUAACACCCAAAAUCUCUGUGUCUUUGGCGAAGCAUUUAGAAGCAAGCCUAUUGGGUAUUACAGUUUGCUUCUUUUUGUAUCGGGAAAUAGAACAAAACCCCAUUUUCUCAGUCCUUUUUGGGGGAACAGAGCAUUCUGUUUCGUUUACUUUCUUGAACGCCGGAGUUGUCUGUUUACGAGGUUGGCAGAGGAAAAAAUGACGCGGCACAAUGUGGUGGCGGUGUCCGACCCCAACCGGUUCCCGACGGCGGGGCAUAAGCCGCCGGUCGUCCCCGGCGGGUACAUCAACUUCGAUGUUACUUCCGGCAAGGAGCUCCUCCAGAACCUCGACGUCAAUGGCGCCGCCGCCAAGGUCAGCUCGUGGGUUGACUCAAUGAGAGCUUCUUCUCCCACUCAAAAAUCCACCCCUCUUUCCGACGACCACCGCACUUGGAUGAUGCAGCAUCCUUCGGCUCUGGACAUGUUUGAGCAGAUCAUCAAGGCUUCAAAGGGAAAAAACAUUGUGAUGUUUCUCGACUACGACGGCACCCUCUCUCCGAUCGUGGACGACCCGGAUUCCGCCUUCAUGUCCGAUCCGAUGAGAGCGACGGUGAGAAAGCUGGCCACGUAUUUCCCCACCGCCAUCGUCAGCGGCCGUUGCACAGACAAAGUAUACAGCUUCGUACGCCUGGCGGAGCUCUACUACGCCGGCAGCCACGGCAUGGACAUUAAAGGCCCUUCAAGAGGCUCCAAAUACAAGAAAGGUGCCGAGGAGGAUGUUCUUUUCCAACCAGCCAGCGAGUUUCUUCCGAUGAUCGACGAGGUUUACAAAACCCUCCUGGAACAAACCAGUUCCACUCCCGGCGUUAAGGUGGAGAACAACAAAUUCUGCGUCUCCGUUCACUUUCGCUGCGUUGAUGAACUGAAAUGGGGGGAGUUGGCUCAGCAAGUGCGGUCUGUGCUCAAAGAAUAUCCUAAACUUCGAUUAACCCAAGGACGAAAAGUGUUGGAGAUUCGUCCCAUCAUUGAAUGGGACAAAGGGAAGGCUCUUGAGUUCUUGCUUGAAUCCCUCGGCUACGCUAACUCCACCGAUGUUUUUCCGGUGUACAUCGGAGAUGACAGAACCGACGAGGAUGCGUUUAAGGUCUUGAGAGAAACCAGACAAGGUUUUGGCAUCCUAGUCUCCAAACUUCCGAAAGACACUCACGCAUCAUACUCUUUACAAGAACCAUCAGAGGUUAUGCUUUUCUUGCGCCGUUUAGUAGAGUGGAAAAGGUUGGCCUUAAGGAGGCAGUCCAGGCUGAGAAGACAACUGGAGGAGAUAAAAGCAACCUUAAAAAACUAAGAUACCUUUGUUAUUACCUAGUAAUUAAUUUAGUACUAUUGCCUUCCUAAUCUGAACCAGUCAGCUAUAGAUAAGAUAUGUUGAUUUA